AUGGGUGCAGUGUCGGCAGUUGGAGACAAUAAAAGUAGCUCUCCAAUUUGUAAAGGAAAAAAUACGGUAGCAAACAGACCACGGGCGCUCGUGUCCUCUCCCUCUCGCCCACGAACUCGUCGCCGCCGCCGCCACCUGCGCCGGCCGCUUCCGGCGACCUCCGACGCCGCGCAGCAUGCCCCUGAGUUCCUCACGGUCCGCGCCUCCCUCCCCUCCAACCAGAUUCUCCGCUCCCGUCCUCUACCGCUCGCUUGCAACCCCACCCCCGUGGCUAGGGUUCCGGGCAGGGCUUCGCCGGCUCGUCUCCGGCGGCCCCAGUUAUUUGGCUCAUCGUCGUGUCGCAAGUUUCUGACAUCGCUGUACACCGUUGACGUCGCCGGAAAUCCGUCUGCAUGUACUCCACUGUCCGCCGGAACUUUGUCCGACCUGAGACCAAUGCUAUAUGGUUCCACUCUACCCUGGCUAGGCCCACGAGAGCCUGCAAGCCGGCAGCAGCAGGGAUGGCCGGAUAGAGCCGCAUGGACUCAAGGACUCAGAGGAGGAUCGGAGGGGGUGGCCUGUACGUGGAGGAUGAUUCACACACGAGCUGGCACGCCCAACAAAUGCAUUAGUUUGGCUCUUGCACUAGAGAAUGACAGAUGUUGUAUACUGACAGAGGGGGACAGAGAAUUCUGCAGCAUACUGUGCAAGAUCUUUAUUUACACCAAGGAGGAGGUCCACAAGAUGAAUUUGAAAUCAUCCUGUACCCAAGAAAGGAGGAAGUUCCAUGGAUGGUGAUUGUGCAAACAAGAAGGCACAUCUCACACAUCAUGCAAUUUAGAUAACUAACUAACUAGGUAUGUGAGUGCCUUUCAAAACUCUGCUAUUGGUUAAAUUGGUGUUGUUUUGGCCUUUUGGGUGCAUCAUAUUUCCCUUC